AAACAUUCUUUACGAAUCUUUAGACCUAAAAAAUAGACUAGAAGAAUCUAUUCAAGAUUAUCUCGAUUAGUCAACAGGAUUAGACUGCCUUCUAGUAAAUGGAAGUUGAAACUAAUGUCUCCAAACAAGCAGGUCAAAAGACUUCUGCCUCAACUGAUUGAUAAUUGAACUAGAUCUAGAAUCUAGAUAUCUAGUUGUAAAAAGAAAAUGGGUGGAAUCAAAGUAAAAUCUAAAGGACUAGGAGCCAUUCUGAACACUUUUUCAAUAUUCUUCCUUAUUUGCCAAUUCAAGUUAUGUGGUGCUGGUGGCAAUGCUCUUCUGGAAGCAAGUGGCAGUGAUGGCAAGAAGAUGACCUUCUGCGUUUACUACAACAAUGAAUUCCAACACCUCCCCAGCUCUUUGGAUAAAACAGUACCACAUAAUUUACUCGACUUUUCCACAUCUCAGGGGUGUAAACCUUCUGACUUUAAUUCGUCUUUAAAGUUUGAAAACUCUGCCGUGGCUGUGUCCAGAGGCGAUUGCACUUUCACCCAGAAAGCUAAUUUGAUUGAGGCGGCGAAAGGAAAAGCUGCUAUAAUAGUCGAUGAUAAAAAUUCUAGUAAGAUUCCAAUACCUGGUGGGAAUGCAUCAGACUAUCAUUCUACUAACAUCACUCUGGUCAUUAUCUCUUUCAAUGAUUACCAGCAAGUUUUGCAGCUUUCAGGACCUGUGGUGGUGAAGCUGUUUGCUCCGGUACAGCCAGAGUGGGAUGGAAACAUGCUGGUUAUCAUAUUUUUUUCAACACUGUUUGUAAUGCUCGGCGCAGGCUGGGCUGCAUACAAUGAAGCGAAACUAAUGUCAAGAUCGCUUGACAGGAGAGAUGAAGACAUGAAAGGAAAAGAAUCCAGUGAGCCCAGGAUAGAGUUCACAGUCUGGGUUGUCGCAGUGUGGUUCAUUGUCAUCUGUGCCGUCCUGUUGCUACUUUAUUUCUUCUUUGACGUCAUGGUUUACUUCUUCAUUGGAAUAUUUUGUCUGGCCUCCUCGUACAGUCUUUAUCAAUGCCUGUUGCCAUUGUGGUCAAAAGUUGUGCCAAUAUCGUAUGAUAUACCUGUGAAUAGGCUUCCUUGCAUCAAAUCAAAGAUCAAGCUUCGAAGUUUUCUGCUGUAUAUGCCUUGCCUGACCCUCGGAAUCUUCUGGGCCGUUGAACGCCAUUCCAAAUUUGCCUGGACAAUCCAGGACUUGCUCGGGUCUUCCUUCUGUAUAUAUUUUAUCCACAACCUCCGCCUCCCCAACUUGAAAGUGAUCGCCAUCUUGCUGGUACUGCUGCUAGUGUAUGAUGUCUUUUUUGUUUUCAUCACCCCACUCUUCACCAAAGAUGGUGGAAGCAUAAUGGAGUCUGUUGCCACUGGGGGCUCAAGCCACUCUAAAGAGUCACUACCAAUGGUGUUUCUUGUCCCACUUCUAGGCGACAACGCUCUCAUCAAAUGCAGGGAACGUGCUUACUCUCUGCUAGGUUUUGGUGAUAUAAUUAUCCCAGGUAUUCUCUUGUCAUACAACGCCGUCUUUGAUGUCCGUAAAGGGACAAGAAUGCUGUACUUAAUCUGCUCAUCUGUUGGCUACUUUGUUGGCAUGCUCGUCUGUAUGGUUUCCUUAGUGUACAUGAACUCGGGCCAACCUGCGUUGUUGUAUCUGGUCCCUGGGACACUGCUAACAACUGUUGUGAUAGCGCUGGUCCGAGGAGAGCUGAAGCAGUUGAUUCUGGGUUCACACUUGCUGGGUGAAAAUUGCAACAACCAGGCUUCGGUCAAGGACGUUGAAGAGGGAGACGCAAACGACAGUCAAGAUGAAGAGGAAGUAAAUUUAAUUAAUUAAUUUAUCAGUUAUUAUUCUAUUUAUAGGUGGUCGAUAAUUGCUGUUAUGUUCAGGGCUUUUAUGGGGAGACAGAGUUUUACAUGUUUUAAUAAUUUCUAAUUUGAUAACCUAACUUUUGUUUGUUUUUAUGGAUUACCGUUGGCUAUGAUUAACUAUAUAAUAGUUAUGUAGACGUUAUACAAAGUAGGCCUUGAGGAAAAAGUGUAAUUCCACUCCAGCUUGUCUCCUUUAAGUUCUAAACAAUGUAUGCUAAUUUAUUUUAUAUUUAGUCAUUAUAUGAAACUCCAAGGCAUUGGGGAGGGGAGGUAAUAUUCAAAUAAAUGUAGUCUUUAAUAUCAAGAACAGAGAGGUAGUGGUAGAUAUACAUUCAUUGUGACAUGUGGUCCCUUAGUUAUUGAAAGUGUUAGUGUUUUGUUAUUUGCUUGUUAUUUACAAUAAGUAUUUUGCACUAAUAUAUGACGAACUGCUUUUCCACAUUCAUCAAAUCAUUUUAGCUGAGUAUAAAGUACCUUAUUACCUGAUCAUUAUUACAAUUUGAAAUUGUUUUUUUUUUAUUUAUACCCAAGAAGUAUGUUUAUAAUUAUAAGUAAUAUCAAGGGAUAAGUGUAUAAAGUCGAUUUCUUUCUUCCAUGUUUAUUUAAUUAAUAUGUAUGUGGUUUUUCUGAAAAUGCAAUCAUUUUUUCUAAAUCUAUGGCUUCAAAGGGGCUAUAUUCCAUUGAAUAAAUGACUUGUUUCAGUAUAAGUGUAAAAUAUAAAAGGGUAAUUUUUAACAGUCGUUCUUAAACAAUGGUUUGAUAUAAAGAUGUAUCUAGACAUGGUGUUUAAUAUACUGGUGUUAUAAAGAAUGUUUUUAGAGGGUUGUUUUUUUUAAAUUGAAUUAAUAAAAACUUUAUUUUUAAAAUAAUCCCUAUGCUUCAAGUUAUUCACUUUUUAAUUUGAGAAUAUUGUGUACUGCAAACUUUCAUUAUAGAACAUUUUUUUUUUACAUUUGAAAAGAAGACAAAAGUUUGUUUUUUUUUUUUUUAAACUAACAAUGAUGUUUACAAUUUGCAAUUAAUUCAGAUACUAAAAUAGUUGUAGGCCUGCUUCUUUGAGAGGUUGUAAUUAGAAUAUUCACAGAAUCGUAGACUCAUUUUAACAGUGAGUUUCCUUCAGUUGGUAACACCGUCAGGUCUAAUACUUUCAUUUGUUCACUGUUUUAUGCAGCAACUUGUGAAGUAGUGUACUUUCAUUUGUUCACUGUUUUAUGCAGCAACUUGUGAAGUAGUGUAUACUACUAGUUAGUCCCUUCCUCACAUGUACUGACAAGCAACAUUGUUCUGAACAUUAUUUUCAUUCUUUGUAGGGCCUACUUCUUCUUUAAGAUGG